GAUUUUCAAGUCGUACUGAGCUUCUGGUAAACUAAGCUGUAUUUAUCUCUAGAGCAUAAUGGCACAAAGCUUCGAUUUUACAGAAGAGGAGAUCAGAAGGAAACUAGAAGAACUCGGAUACUCUCAUAUACCUCGAGAUAAGCUGAAUCAAUUCCAAAGAGGUUCGUGUUAGUGGUAGAAGAUUGUUUCUAUUAGAGAAACUUUUCGAAUGUUGAUUAGUUGAUCUCAACUCAAAUCAAUUCUGACUUGGAUAAAUUUCUCUUCGUAAAUCAACGAGAUUGUUUAUUGUGAGUAAUAUGUCGUAUUUCAAGUUAAAUUGCAUCUUGCAAAGUUUUGAGUCCGCUAAAGUGAUCGACGUUGUUUAUCGAUCGAUGUGAUCGCACUUGAUGUUGCAUUUAAAUUUCGUCUUCCUUUGUAGACUUGAAAGAGCUUAUCGAAUCAGAAAGGUCAACUUCCGAAGAAAGUGGUCUUCUUCGAAGUGGAGAUUCUCCAUCAUCAGUUAAUGAAAGUUAUUACACUGACAGUUAUUUAGACAGGAGUAAAGGAACAGAAACCUCUUCAUCUCCAUUUGAUGGUAAGCACUAAUCAAUUUUAGAUUUUAAAUGUGGUUCUUAUUGAUUAGACAAACCACAGGAAACAAUUGAUAUCAGUAAUCCUUUACAGUCACAAUUUUGCGCUGUUAUUUCAAAAAUUUAGCAUCACAAUUCGCCACUCCAAAAGAGGUUGCCGUAAAAUCCACUCAACUUCUGUUCAUCCUCUUGAUCUUUGUUUGGUCUCCUUCUCAGCUUCAGACAGCAGUACAGAACCACGCCAACUUCUUAAUAGGCACAGAUACCCUUUGGAAGACUCAGCGUUCCCCCGACCAAAGUCAGCUCCAAGUUUGGCUAAGGUAGUUUCAUCGUAAUGACUUGAAUACGGCCAACUAUUUGGCAGAUUACUUAAUUAUCUCGUUUUAUGUUUCUCUCAAUCAGAUAUUAUAGGGAGAGAUAUUUGGCAAAAUCUUCCUUUAUUAGCAUCAUCAUCAUCAUUGUCAUUAUUAUCAUCAAGAACCAAAUUAUCAAUGAUUCAUGCUACUCCCUGGAUUUCAAAAAAUUGAUAGUUCUUGGGCUCUAGUUCUGAUCUUGGGAGUACAUACGAGUAGAAUAUUUUUUUGUGUGUGUUGUUGAAAAGGAAAAUUUCAACUCUAUUUUGCCUCUGACCAAUGUAGUUUAACCUCUUGAACCCUCAGAGUGAUAAGCGACUAAUUUCUUGUUACGCUAUCACCCCUGAAUCAAACACUAACCCUUUAACUCCCACUAUGUAGUUUUUAAUUCUCUCCUAUGGCUGUUACACUUUUCCCUUUAAAUUAGUUACAAGAGUUUGGUUUUCAAUCAGGAUGAUGACUUCUACCUGAUAGGUUUGAAUAUUCUCAUCACCUGUUUUGCUGGAAAAUGUCUAAAAAUUAUAGGGUGAAGUUACAUGUUAAUCACUUCUGGGAGUUAAAGGGCUAAAUUAAAGGAAAUGACUACCCUCCAAAAAGCUCUUAACCCUUAAGCUCCCAAGAUCUCAUUAGUAAUUCUCCUUUCUGUCUGCCAAACAAUUCUCAUGAUGUUAGUUUAGAGAAUUUGGUAUCAGAUCAAUUACUAAUUCCAUAAUUGAUAUUUUUCUUGAUUCUCAUUACUUGUCUGCUUGAUUUUGCAUAGAUAUAGUAAGGAGAAAUUCUGUCUUGGUCACUCACGGGAGUUGAAGGGUUAAUUUUUGAACAAAUUCUCCAUAUCAGAACCUGAGGAACUGUUUUGAGAAGAAUGUAGAGAAUAUGCACACUGAUUUUAGGGUGUAAAGAGUUAUUAAAUAUGACUUAAAAAAAUUACUGAUCACUUAUCUUUGUUAGACAAAAAUAAAUCAUCAACCAUAUGGCAAGGAAAAUGUUCAUUACCAUCCAGUAAAGCCACCAACCAGAGGAGAAUCCACCACCACUGCUGAGAGCUCACCUCAAGAACAAUCCAGAACCAGCAGUAGAAAUAUUAAGAGAAAAGUUUUGAGACGAAAGGAUGGUGAACCAAGAGUAUUUGAUGAAUCUUUCACCACAAAUGAGUCUGGUAGGUUUGACAGAUCAUGAAAAAUCUUCUAAAUUUUAGCAUGAUAUUUUUUUCAAAUUUCAAGUUUUUUUGAAAAAGUUUUUUAUCUUUUUCCAGUCACAGAUAUAUCCGAUUUAGAACAGAGAUUACGAGAUCUUCCCUUGAACAGUGGUGAUGUAGAUGAUGCAGAUGUUAUCAGUAUUGAUAGUGAAGUAGGACCAAAUAACUUCAGACCAUGGGAAAAUUAUGCUGAAAGAGGAUUGCCUUCUUGUAAGAAUCACUAGUAUUCUCUCUCUCUUUCUCUGGCACAAAUUUAGACUACACGCUGGUAUUUUAGGGGAGGGGUGGGUGUGAGAGUUGGGGUUAACAUGAGUGUUGUUAUGCUUCUAAAUUAAUGAAAGGGGCUUUAUUGAAAAGCAUACUCUGCACACUUUGUUUAAUUUUUCACUGACAACAAAACUAAUUAUUUCUGCAGAGCUUCCUUAGAGCUUUCCAAAAUUUGUUGUCAUCCAAGCUAACAAAAAUAACUCAAUUUUUUGAUUUGCAAUUGUAAUUGGAACACUCUCUUCCAAUUUCCUUAAAGAUCCUCAAUUUAUCUUAUUCUUUUAAGCAAAUAAUCAACAGUAAGCAGAUAUUUAUUACUGGUAUACUGAGACUCACAGUUUCCAGUAAGCUGUUGUUGAUAUGGCUCACAACCCACUAAGUAUCUGGUCUCUUGCAGUUAUCAGGCCAUCCUCUCGUCACCCUCACACACGACAAUUAAAGAAGUCAGAUCCUGUUUCAAGGUUUGAACUUAAUCCAUUUUCCCAGGUUUUAAAUUCAUUCACAUGUUGACUUGUGUGAUUAGGCCUUUUGUUGUUGUUGCUUUUGUUUUAAUUACUGUUUGUUUGUUUUGUUAAUUGCUUGUCAGUACAUGUAGUGAACAUAUUGUAAUGAAUGCUUUUUUAUGGUAACUUAACCCUUUACACCCUAACAUCAGUAGACACAUUCUCCAUACUGUUCUGACAAGGAGAAUUGGUUUAACAAUCUAAAGCUUCUGUCAUUGGUGAUCAUUUCCUUUUUUUCUUGUGACAUUUAUUUGUGAUUCAGGGGUGAUAUUGUAAGGAGAAAUUAAAUACUAGUCACUCUUAGGGUUUGAGGGGUUAAUGUAAUUAUAAAAUGUAUUUGUUUUUUCUGUUCUUGUUGCAGAUAUCACCAAUUUAAGUAUGAAUGGCAGGCAAACAAAGCUCCAGGAGAGAAGAGCCACAAGAAUCUGCGAUGGAAUGUCAGGGUAAAUAAUUUUAUUUAUAAAUUGAUUUUUUAAAAAAAUGGUAGGACUGUAAAUUGAGAACCUUUUACAAUCAGAAGUAAGCCAGGGAUAUACUGUGCAUUGCCUGUCCUUAGCCAUUUAAUUCUCAUGAGUCACCAAGACAGAAUUUCUCCAUACCAUAUCAAUACAAUAUCAAGCCCAAAUGCGAUGAGAAUUAAGAAAAAUAUCAGUUGAUAUUAAAAGUCAAUCCAAUACCAAAUUCUCUCAGCUAACUUCUUAAGAAUUGUAUGGCAGAUAGUAAGGAGAAUUUCUUAUGAGGUCAUGGGAAUGAGAGGGUUAAGGACGAGCUCUAAAGCAGAAUAAAAAAGGAACUGUCUCACUCAGAACACAGGGCAGGUAACAACUGUAAUAUCAGUAAGAGAACUGAACAGUAGCUUCUGUAAGUAACUACUAAUGAGAUGGCAGUUGUUGUUAGUGGUGUGCUUGCCUUUCCUGAUCUUUGAUGUAACUUGUUGUUAAUUUAGUACAGAUACUAGCCAGGCAUCUCAUUAAGGUAAGCUAAUGCUAUAAGCCUAUGGCCAUUUAUCUGACUGGACAUGUUUGAUUUAGAGUUAGAGUGGACAUUGGGGGUAGGGGGCAGGGGAAGGGCAAGAAGAUAAUCCUGUACCCCCCACCCCUCUCCUUAUUUUUGACUGUCAGCUAUCCCCUUGGUACAAAUUUCUUUCUCUCCCCAACCUUUCUCUUCCAUUAAAAUCAAAGAUGGUGGCCAUAAUUUUCGUUAAGAAAUUACCAAGCACCUAUUCACCAAAAGUAUACCUGCCCUGUAGGUUAUACAGAUCCUUGAUAGAAAUAUUUGAGAUAUUCAUGGUUUUCUAAGUUUGAUGAAUUGUACAUAAAUCUAAUUGCCAGAGUGCUAAUAAUGACACCUACAUCUUCCCUGGUUUGCUAAUUGUUUUGUAAAAUUUUUUCCAUAGGGCAAGAUGUUGCAAUGUGAUGUGUUUGAGGUGAGCUAAGAUAAAUACAUAGUCAAUGAAAUUCUGAAAAUGUGCAUAGCAAGAAAGUUGUCACCAAGCAAUGAGGCCAUUGUGACCCCUUUUAGGUGCCAAAAUCAGAAUUUGGGAUUCAAGGGUUUAUAAGACAAAGCUGAAUGGGUCAACUUAUUUGAAUGAAAAUAUGGUAGGCAACAUUGUUUAAGGUUCAGGGACACCUUACAGUGUAUCAGAUAACAAGGAGACUCUUAAUCUUAGACAGAAAAUAAAUUUGCAAAACCUUUGAAUGAAAAUAAUAAGUUGGCAAAACUUUCAGUACCUUUUGCAAAACGUUUAAACCACUCCUUAACGAUAAUAUUGCCUUUUCUUUUUCAGAAACCACAACGCAAUUUUGUUCCCAAUAACUAUGUUGUACCAACAGAGAAAAAGAGACAAGCUUUACGAUGGGAAGUCAGAUCAAGUCUUGCCAGAGUGUGA